CUCGUUAUUUUAUUUUUAAAAAAAUGGGUGAAUCAAGAACUGAACUAUUAGCUUGGAUGAAUGACUUGUUACAACUAAACUACACUAAAGUUGAACAAGCAGGAACAGGGGCUGCUUAUUGUCAAAUUAUGGACUCUAUCUUUAAUGAUAUCCAUAUGAAUAAGGUCAAAUUUGAUACCAAACAUGAAUAUGAAUAUGUCACAAACUAUAAAGUGCUUCAACACACGUUUGAUAAACACAAGUGUAUUAUUCCAGUUGAUAAACUCAUGAAAUGUAAAUUUCAAGAUAAUCUCGAAUUCUUGCAGUGGGUGAAACGAUUCUGGGAUCAAAAUUUCCCUGGUGGUGCCUAUGAUGCUUCUUUGCGGGGAAUGACUAGUAUGGCUACAAAAAGUGUAGCACCACGAUCUUCUGCUGCAGGUAUGGCACGUAAAGCAGUCAAUCAUAAUACCAAUAAUGGAGGUCAAGUAGUGUUUGUACUACACAUGAACUGAUGUGUUUUAUAGUCCGUAGUACGCCCACCAGUCGCCCACCCACAUCAGGAAGCCGUGCAUCCAAUAAAUCAGGAGAAUCAGCAGCAGUCAUUGGCGACUUGAACAAACAAAUCACAGAACUCAAGGUGACUGUAGACGGACUUGAGAAAGAACGCGAUUUUUAUUUCGGCAAGUUGAGGGAGAUUGAGAUCUUGGUUCAAGAACAAUUGGACGUGGCUGAGCAAGGGGAAGAAAUGAACUGUAUUCGAGAAAUUCAAGCUAUUCUUUAUAGAACAGAAGAAGGAUUUGAAGUUCCUCCUGAAGGUGAAGAAGGGGAAGAAUUGGCUGAGGAAUAUGAUGAUGAAACAUUUUA